AUGAGAAAGACUUGUCUUAUUCUUUAUCGCGAUGGAAGUGGAGAAGGAUCUUUUCAAAAGAUUUUGAAAUAUGAAGUGCCACUUAUCCACAAUGCAUUCAACGAGCAUGGAAUUUCUGCAAAGAUUACUUUGAUUGUGGUCAACAAAAUGCAGUUCGUUCGACUUUACGCCAAAAAUAUUAAUGAGCAUGCAAAAUCUCCUGAACAGAAUAUUUUGCCAGGCACUGUCGUUGACAAGGAUAUCGUUCAUCCACUUUGGACUGAAUUUUAUCUGAACUCUCAUGUUGCUCUUCAGGGUACUUCGAAAACUCCUCGAUAUAAUGUUCUUUUGGAUGAGAACAAUUUUUCCAUGGACACUCUUCAGUUGAUGACACACAGUUUGUGCUUUGGGCAUCAAAUUGUCUACAGUCCAACGUCUCUGCCAACUCCAGUGAUGGUUGCACUUGAAUAUGCUAAGCGUGGACGAAACAAUUACAAUUUUUGGAGUAAUUCUGGCUCUGGUGGUAAUCUCAAUGGUGGUAAUAAUGGCGCUAAUUUGCAAGAUCACAAGCAACUUACAGAAACUCUUUCCUAUGAGAAAUCCGUUUUUUUGAAACAUAUGCGUGUUAAUGCUUAA